AUGAAGCCGACGAAGAAGAAUGAAGCUGUUUUGCCGAACGACUUCCUGUCACCGCGAAGGGAGGUCGUCUCAAGAAGGUACUUCCAUAGAAAACGACCUCACAGGGGGUACUCUUGGAGGCGAAGACGAACGCGGGAGAGCAGCAGCAUCGCCGUCGCCCUCUGCCUCCUCUCCGCCUUCACCCUGCCUCCCUUGCCAGGAUCUACUUCCCCUCCCAAACUUUGCCAAGCUACGCCUCCUCUUCCAUGCUUUGUCUCCCCUAGCGAGCUCAUGACAAACUCUGACGCUCCUGCCAAGCCCUGCCAAGCCCUGUCAAGCCGUGCCAAGCCGUGCCAAGCUCUGCCAAGCCCUGCCAAGCUCUACCCACCCUUGCCAAGCUCUGCCAAGCCCUGCCAAGCCCUGCCAAGCUCUGCCAAGCCCUGCCAAGCUCUACCCACCCUUGCCAAGCUCUGCCAAGCCCUGCCAAGCCCUGCCAAGCCCUGCCAAGCCCUGCCAAGCUCUACCAACCCUUGCCAAGCCCUGCCAACACCUGCCAAGCCUUGCCAAGCUCUGCCAUGCCUUGCCAAGCUCUCUCUUCUCUUCCCCUCCCCUCCCACAGCCCGGGAAGUCCCCCCACCAACUCUCUCCAUCAAACCUUCCGCGCCGUCAGCAGAGCCCGAUAAUUCCACUUCGAAGAGCUUGCCAGACGCAACAAUUCCUGCCGACGCCGACGCCACCGACGCCGCUGACACCUGCCGCCGGAAUUCCUGUCGCCGCCUCAAGCAGAACAAGCAGAACAAGCAGAACAAGCAGAAACCCAUAAAACCUCGGAAAAAGGGGAAUAGACGCAAUAAGGAACUCCUCGACUGA